AUGUUUACGGAGGAGAUUGCUGACCAUCCAGGUUCAGUGGCAUUUAUUGUAAUUGAAAAAUCCCAACUUUGUAAAAGGCCAAUCUUCAAGAGAAUGUUUGUGAUGUUUACUGCACAAAAGGAAGGUUUUGUAAAUGCAUGUAGGCCUGUAAUACAGCUGGAUGCAUGUCACCUUAAGGGGAUCAUGGGAGGGCAGCUUAUGUCUACAAUUGGUAGGGAUGUUAAUAACCAAAUGUUCCCAAUUGCUAUGGCUCUUGUUGAGUCUGAGUGCAAAGAUAGUUCGGGGUGGUUUUUGGACAACCUUUCUGAUGCCAUUGGGACUCCACUUGAAAGGGGUUGGGUAUUUCUAUCAGAUAGACAAAAGGAAUUAAUUGAUUGCAUUGAGAAUAAGUAUCCUGGAGUGGAGCAUCAAUUCUGUGUUAGACACAUGUAUGCUAACUUCAAGCUAAAAUUCAAGGAUAAGCACCUAAGAGAUUUAAUGUGGGCAGUAACCAGAGCUUAUUUACCCAGUCACUAUGAAAGCAAAAUGAGAGAGUUGCAAACAGUAGCACCAGAAGCACAUGCAUGGCUCAGUUCCAUACCAGCUAACCUAUGGGCCAGACACACCUUUUCUCCAAGGACAAAAUGUGACAUUUUAAGUAAUAAUAUAUGUGAGAGCUUCAAUCAAUACAUUAAGGAUGCUAGGAAGGAGCCUAUUUUGACUAUGUUUGAAGCCAUUCGAAGGCAGAUAAUGUGCAAGUUUCAAGAAAAAAGAGAUUGGAUUCAGAAGGUGAAGUCUCACAUUUGUCCGAGGAUUUGUCAAAAAAUUGAAGAGAGAAAAAAGCAAUUAGCUCAGUUUGAUGCACUUGUGUCUACAAGAGAGGUGUAUGAGGUGACUGGUAUAGUAAGAACUUUUGUUGUUAAUGCAGUUCAAAGGUCUUGCACAUGUAAUGAGUGGGAUAUGACAGGAAUUCCAUGUGUCCAUGGAUGUGUUGGACUUGUGCAAGAUAGCAAAAGUCCAUAUGCAUAUGUUGAUAAUUGCGACUCAGUGGAAACAUAUAAAAAGGCAUAUGCUGGUGUUAUUAUGCCUAUGCCAGACCAAACAAAUUGGGUGAACACAUGCAAUGAUUCAUUACUCCUACCUCGUAGGAAGAUAGCUCCAGGCAGACCUAAGAAAGUUAGAAGAAAGGCUCCAUUGGAGGACUUACAUGUUGAAAAACUGUCUAAAGUAGGGCUGCCAAUUCACUGUAGUCAUUGUUAG